CGUUUGUCAAGCUGGACUGUUUUCUUCCACAUGAGGAGCGAGUUUUCCAACUCACCUUAUUCCAGACCUGAAACCAUCUCCAAAGCGCACAGAGCAACCCACGCAGCAUGACAAGAGCCACGCGUUGAGGGUAGUUUUUAGUUUAUUCAAAAAGUUUUAUUUUCCUGGGAUUUAGGAUGAGAGGCUGAGGAAGAAAACUAUUCAGUCAAUUUUCUUCUCUUGUUUUGGGAUCUUAACCUCAGGAUGGAUGAGCAAGAGGAAGCAUUAGACUUCCAGGCGCUGAGAGCCAAGUUCCAGGACAAGGAGUUCCUUCUGGGGCCACCAAAGACCAAACCUAGUGUCCCAGAGAAACCAAAGGUCAUCCCCCCUCCCACGAGUCCCACUCACCAUCUUCCAUCAGGAGCACGCCCCUCCCUGCUCUCCUCCAUCAACCAUGCCUUGGAAUCAAAGACGCUGAACGCCCCCAGAGUGGUCUUUAAGGAUGAGAAGAAGGAUAACAAAAAGCUUCUUAUCCAUAAUAACUCAAAAGCCAAAGAAAAGUCUGACAUAAAGCCUAAGGAGACGAAGGAUAAGACUAAAGAGAGUAAGGAGAAGCUGAAUGAGAACUCCGUGGAUCACAAGGAGAAGAACGGUAAGAAGCUUCCAUUCGUCGGGAUACAGAAAGAGAGCACAGCUGAGCUGGUACCAGUCUCUCCUCCUCCAAAAGCCAAAACACAGAGGAAGAAGAACAUUCUUGGUUUCAUGAAGUCUUCCAAGAAAGAUCCAGCAGAAUCAAUCUUAGACUCUCCUUCCGGGGACGCAGCUGGACCAGCACUGCUGCUCCCAGUGGUUUCCGAUGCCGACUGCACGCCAGAGGAGUCGAUAUACUCGGUACCAAAACCCAUUCUCCCAAAGAUUACCGUCCCUGAACCCAAGGCUGCAGUGGACCUGGCAGCUCUCUCCCCUAUCCCUGACCCCCCCGACUUCUCCCCUCCUCCAGCCUUCAUCCCAGACACCUCAGAAGUCAGAGCUCCAGCCCUGCAGAGUGAAACCCCCCCACAGAUUGAAAGUCCUGCUCUGCCAGUUUCUGACCUGCGUGUCCAAAAUGAAACCGUUCCCAUUCCUCCCAUCAUUGCUCCCGCCCCUCCAGUCGUUGCUGCCCCCUCUCCUCCAAGCACUUCUACCCCUCCACCAAUAGUGGCUCCCUCCCCUCCACCCACCGCUCCCCCCCUCCCCUCCACCCAGAAAAUCCCCUCCAUCCAGAGCUAUCCCCUCUCCUCCACCGAGUUUUGCCAACUCGGAUCCUCCUGAGGCCUCUGCUCCCUCCCCAUCGCCUCCUGAG